AUACUUGUUUGAUCAUUCAAAAUAUAUCAGCAUUUCUUUGUCGCAAAAAAAGAGAAAGUAACUUAGCAGAGUAGUAAAGUAAUCUUGGCUUAGUUCGACUCCACUAACGAGCCUACUGCCCUCUAUCGACGAUCUCAAAUACCUAAGGUUUUAGGCCUGCUCCAUAGAGGCUCUGAAAUGGGUCCGCUGUCGAGCCGAGCGGGCGCGCACUCGUGGAGCGGCGGACGGCUGUGUUUUCGAGGCGGCGUUGAGGUGUGGACGCGCCCGUGUGGUGGAACCUGACUUGUGGAGUGUAGUUGCCGGAGAGGAAAAGGGCGUAGUGCGGGACAUAAGCUUGCCCAUUUGUGGACGGCGUGGCCUUGCUGUUGGAAUUGUCCGAGUGAAAUAAGAAAUUAGUGAGCGUGAUCGCAGUUUGUUGUCAGCGCAUCAGAUUUCAGAACCCGCACAAGGAUGGCUCUCAACGACUGCUGCCGCUGCGUGAAGUUUUUCUUCGUGCUGAUAAACCUUCUUAUAACGAUCAUCGGCCUGGCAGUGCUGGGCCUGGCGCUGUGGCUGUUCUUCGACACGUUCCACUACCUGCAAGUGACGCAGACAAACGAGGAGUACUACCGCGGCACCUACCUGCUGAUGGGCGUCGGCAUCCUGAUGACCGUGGUCGGCUUCCUCGGCUGCGUCGGCGCCUGCCGCGAGAGCCCCUGCAUGCUCGGAACGUUCUUCACGCUGGUCCUGCUGAUCAUCGUGGCUGAGAUCGCCAGCAUCGUCUGGAUCCACAUGAACCGCGAGAAGCUGCGCCAGGAGCUGAAGGACACCGUUUCAGCCGCCGUCCGCGUCGACUACGGAAGGGUUCUGCCGCGCACUGAGGCGCUGGACGUGAUCCAGUCUCAGCUCAAGUGCUGCGGCGGCAAGGGACCGCGAGACUGGGCCAAGUCGUUCUACAAUAACGGGGACGCCAACAAGUCGGGCGUCGAGCUGGGCGUGUCGGGCAUCACGGGCGCGGUGGCCGGCGCCGUGGGCCUGUUCAAGGUGCCCGAGUCGUGCUGCACCACCGAGCCGGAGGACGCUGCCUGCCAGGCGUCGGUGCAGGUGCCGCUCUCCGGCACCGUCACCGGCGUCAUCAGCCAACAGGGCUGCGGAGACGCGCUGGUACAGUUCCUCGAGGACCACGUCUGGGUGCUGAUCAGCGUCGUCUCCUCCGUCAUGGUGGUCGAGGUGCUGGCCCUUAUGAUCGCCCUCAGUCUCUGCAUCACCGUGAUGCGCUCGGAGAACGAGUACAAGGCCUAGGUGUCGCCACCGUCACUGAGCGACACGUUCUCGGUGGCGCUACCAUCGGGCUGUUGUACGAUACAGGUGGCGCUGUAUGCGCCCCUGCAGGUCUGGUGCGGAGGCCGGAGUCGCGUUGGCCGCCGUGGUGUGAGACUGGGUGUGGAGCGAGGGCAGAGUCUCGGCCCGGCGGACCUGUCAGUACAAGGGGCGGGCCGGCGGCCACAGUCAGUGGGCGGCCCGCAGCGGCCGCGGCCUCAGCGAGCGGUGUGUAGGGCGCGCCUCCGCCGCCGGGCGGACCCGCGCGCGCCCUCGCCCGGCGACCGUUCGCUGUGCGCCCAUCAGUGUGUGUGUGUAUGUAUGUGUGGGGGUGUAAAUAGCCACUAGUUUUGUAUUGUCGCGCGGCGCCUCUGCGGCGGGGUCAAUGUCCGACGCACUCAACCGGUGCGCGCCGCCAGAGCUUGGUUAUUGUUAUUUUGUGUUCGACGCACCAGGAGGUACUUAUAUUCGUUUUGUGAAUGCUGAAUGUCACUGAUAGCACUGCGUGGGGCCCGCGACCGUUUUCGACUGGAUGCCACUUUAUAUUUUUGUCUUGCACAGAGCGUUCCGUUUCAUUGGGCGACGGCGUGUGCUCGUGCGCGCGUGUGAGUGACUGGGGCCUCUGUACGUGUCUGUGUACAUAUACCCGUACAGCUCGCUUCUAGAGCCUAGUUGGUCGCGGACCAGUCGAGCGCGGCCAUGCCGCGGCUGCAUUGGUAGCGGCACGCUGCCAUGAUUGGUCGCCGCUGCCCGGCCUCAGCCGCUGAUUGGUGGCCGCUGCCGGGCCUCAGACACUGAUUGGCCCGAUUCCGCUCGCUGCUCGCGUGUGGGAGCUGAACAGACGUACCGCCCAUUCGGCGUCAUUCUGCGAGCGAUGUCGGCUUCUUUGGUCAUCCUUGGAGGGCUGUAGGCCUGUAGCUGUGUCGCGAACUUACCGGCUCUGAUGUGGCUUCAGCUUGUCCGAACCACUUACAUACUCAGCAGCGGACGGCCAUGGCGAGGUCGAGUAUUUACUGGAUAUUUAAUCAGCCGCCUGCUGGGCUUUGUGGAAUGCUGAAGCACUCAUGUCGCCAAAUAGCGCGGCGCUUGUCGCUUCAUCCGGAUUCCUGUGGACUAGUGUGUUUUGUUUUUGCAUGCGUUUGACGUUUCUGUUCGUCAGACUUCUGAGUUGCGUUCGUAGAAAUGCAUACGACAAUGAAUCUCCUGUACCUUGACAACUUGCAUGUCAACUGUCAACAAUGAUUAGGAGCUGUCUUUUUGUUUGUCUCUGAUGUGGGUCUAACCUCUGGACGAUAAUUCCAGGGUAGGGUGGGCUCUGCAGGGGCGGGUAAAUUGGAGUCCGUGCCGGGACGGUCGCGUCUGUAGUCCUCAGUGUCGUGGACUCUGGGGGUCCACUGGACCGUGGUCCCAGUCGAGUGGGUCGAACGUGCGAGUCGAGUCAACAUAGGCGAAUAAAUACAUCAGACCGGAGGGAGCAGGCAGGAGUGCUGGUAUUUCUAGUUUUGUAUUUUCGCCGAUUGGUUUUUUUGUCCAUGUUCAUCUUCCCAUGGAUGAGAAAUAAAGAUGUUCGGUCGUUCAGCUUGAAA